GCAAAUGGCCUCAUUGGAACAGACUGAGCGUGCUCAGGAGCGCCCGGGCAUGCUCAGUAGCGCCCGGGCAGGACUUUCUGACAAGUCGGGGGCUCGGACGGAACAUCCUUCAGGGCAGCAUGCCUCAUAGGACAGAACUAUAUCAAGAUACUCCAUCAACAUGCUGGCCCAUUGUGUAUUCACCAGAUUACAACAUUACAUUUCUGGGCCUGGAGAAGCUACAUCCAUUUGAUGCUGGAAAAUGGGGGAAAGUAAUAAAUUUCUUGAAAGAAGCAAAGCUAAUCACAGAUGACUUGAUUGUAAAGGCUCAAGAGGCAACCGAGGAAGAUCUCUUAGUGGUUCACACAAGACAUUACUUGAACCGAUUAAAGUGGUCCUUUGUAGUAGCUACAAUUACAGAAAUCCCGCCAGUCCUUUUUAUGCCAAAUUUCCUUGUUCAGAGGAAAGUGCUGAGGCCUCUGAGAACACAAACAGGAGGAACAAUAAUGGCAGGGAAACUGGCCAUUGAGCGAGGGUGGGCAAUUAAUAUCGGUGGCGGCUUCCAUCACUGUUCAGGUGAUAAGGGUGGAGGCUUCUGCGCAUAUGCUGAUAUCUCAUUGGCUAUAAAGUUUUUAUUUGAAAGAGUAGAAGGAGUUUCUAGGGCAACUAUUAUAGACUUGGAUGCACAUCAGGGGAAUGGACAUGAAAGAGAUUUCUUGGAAGACAGAAGAGUAUAUAUUAUGGAUGUUUACAACAGGUAUAUUUAUCCAGGAGAUGGGCUUGCUAAACGUGCCAUAAAGCGGAAAGUUGAAUUGGAAUGGGGCACAGAAGACCCUGAAUACCUUCAGAAAGUAAAAACUCACGUGGAAGGUGCACUGAAUGAAAUGAGACCAGACAUAAUUAUUUUUAAUGCUGGAACUGAUAUUUUGGAUGGUGAUCCUCUGGGAGGCUUAGCUAUUUCACCUGAGGGCAUUAUUGAAAGAGACGAAAUUGUGUUCAGAGCAGCUCGAAAACACAGAAUCCCUAUCCUGAUGGUGACAUCUGGGGGCUAUCAGAAGAGGACUGCACGGAUUAUUGCUGAUUCUCUUCUCAAUUUGCACCACCUUGGGCUGAUCGACCAGGAUCUUGCUGCCCGGGAAGCUGGAAGCACUAAGGUAGAACUAAUGAUCAAGGAACGUAAGCAAGAUCAGCUGACCUGUCAGUAAAGAAGGAGAAUUUGGGAUCACUGCAUAAAUAGGCAAUUAUAAUUGUUUAAUAUUUAAACCAUGAGAUGAGCAAUAUCCCAAGUUCUCAUAGAAUUAAUAUACACUAAUAGAAACAGAUACUUACUAGUAUCUUCUUUGCUUUCCAAUGACAGUCCCAUGAGGGUUGUCAUCAAGCUUCGUCCAGUUCUUUUAAAUGCUGUUUUAUGAAUUUAACACUGGCCUAACAUCUGGAGUGAGUUAGACUUGCUGUGGUCUCAACAUCUUCUUACCUCACAUGAUCUGGCUCUUCAAAUAGGAUUUGCGUUUAAAGGAGGCAAACAUUUCUGCAAGGGGUUAAAGGAACAUUUUGAAAGCUAGAGCAGAACUAUUUUUUGAAGGACAGCCAAGAUAAUGCAAAUGUGAACAUAAUGCAAAGAAAAUUGAGCGUGCAUAUAUGUGUGUGGCAUUGUAACGUCUUCCGUUAAUUUCUAAAUAGAAUUCUAGUGAGAAAAUGGCAAGAUUUUAAUUUUUCCUUUAUCAGAAAGGGAAGCUAAUAUGAGUAUCUUUUUGUUCAUCUGAAAUACGACUAAACUUCAAAACUACCGGCAAGGGUAUUGUGGCAUCUGCUAGAUUCGUAACUUAUUUGUUUUUCCUCACUCUCCCCAGAACAAUAUAACAGAAUACUGCUGUCUGUCUGUCUGUUAUUUUUCACUGAAAAUUUAGGACUAUGUGCACUAAAAAUAUCACAAGUAAAGGUCAGAAUUUUUCAGCAAGCUAAAGUGCAAUGCCAAGUAGUAUAUAAAUUCUAAUGAAACCUAUGGAGAUCCUGAAGUAACGUCUAAGUAAUUUGUUCCAGGUUUAACAGCAAAAAGAUAAAACAAAACAAUACCUAACACUUUUUCUAAACUGGUGCCUAUCAAAAUUGCAUGAUUGAAGUACACUCUUUUUUUAAAAAAAUCAAAGUUCAGUGUAGUAACAUCUGUCUUUGAUUAUAGAUCUCAUUGAGAGUACAUGCAUUUCUUUAUAAUGCUACCACUGUAGUAUAUGAAUUCGGAAGCCUUGGAAAAGCUAUACGUGUGAAGUAAGGAUUUAAAGUUUAUUGUUUUCAGUCACAUUUCUGGAAAGUGUGUGGAUUUUUUGAGAGGGAUAGGACAUGCAAUUAUUUCUUUUUAAACUGCAGAAAGCUAUUCUAUUAUGUAAACAUUCAGUGCUUUCUUUAAAAUGGUACCACCCGUAUCCUUCAAGGGUAUAUUUUGAAGAGGUAGUUCCUAAGAAGGGAAAAUUUGCCUCUAAUCUCAGAACCUUUUAAUAUUGGAGACAAUUGAUUAAUGGCCAGAAAAUAAAUGAGUAGCAACAGGGAUUUAUUUGCAUGUACUGUAUGUCUAUGGGUCCUACGGAACUAAAGGCUCCUCCUGCGGUACACAAAAUAAUGCUGUAAAAUUAAUGAAAAUAAUUUCUAGGGAACGCAGUGAGUGUCAGAGGAUGUGAGUUCCCAGUGGAUUUAGUGUCCGCCAGAUUCUAUCAUCAUCAUCAUCAUCAUCAUCAUUGAAACUGAAAUACAGUAGAAACCUGGCAUGCUGCAGAUUCUAACAUACCCUAAGCUCCAGAUAAGCUACAUAGGUAUUCUUCGAAAAUGAAAAUUACGAUAGUUAGGUGCUUCGUUAAGAAGUAUGCCAGUGUGCCCUAAGAAAAGAUAAGCCCUUACCUGCCCGUUACAAAAAACAACCUGCCAUAAAUUUAUUGGGAUGGCAGGGAGCAUCCUGAAGCUGGAGUGUGUAGUGGGAAGCAAGUAGGGGUCCUGUGACUGGCUACCUCAACACGAUAGCCAUUUUGGAACUAGGAAGCUGCUACCCAGGGCAGUCAUUCCAUGAAGUCACCCACAAUGCUUUUGAAAGUGCAGAUGAAUCCACUAGCCUGACAAGGUGGCCUAUCCCUGAAAUGCAAAAUCAAAUACAUCCCAGGGCAUUCGUUUUACUAUAGGUACCAUUAGGCUAAAUUAGCUGUUUUGCAGAAAACAGUAUUUUCAGAAGCUAGAAAUCAUGAUGAAAAUACGUGUGCAACUGAAGGGCAUCCUUUGGUCACGAAGUACCCAGGUUCAGGUUCAUAGAUCCAGAGCUAGCUUACAACCUGGUCACAGAAUGUCUAUUUCGGUGGUUAACUGGAACGUCUUGCAGUUCUUGAGAAAUGAUGUAAUAGAGCAACUCAAACUCAGUUAAUACGAAUUCUCAACCGGAGGCAUGUUGUUAUAGGAAAAAGUCAAAUUUGCUAGGAAUGAUUUUAAUUUUAUAAACUUGAUGCUCUGGGUUAAUAUUAAGUGGCAAUAUUAUCUUUAAAAAGCACUUUCCUCUAGUGUUUAAAACAAAUACUGAGCUGUAUUUUUUAUGUUGUCUAACGUACCUAGAGUUGUUAUAUGAAGCAAUUUUUUAUGGUGUUUACGUUUGUACUGAUUUCUAUCACUGUAGUAUGUACUAGAAUGUAAUCAUGUUUAAUUUUAUUUAUGGAUAAAAUUAAAAUAUCGUUAAAUUUU